AAUGGUUUUUAGUUGUAGCGUCCCCUAUUGGUGUAACUGUACGAAACUUGAUGUGCAGCCUCAGAAUGUCCUGUUGUCUUUGUGUGUCAAGUUUCGUUAAGCUUGGACAUUGCAAGCUUGUUAAGCAGCUAUAGGUCAGCUUGUCUAAAAUGGACGUUGUCUGACCAAUUAACUUAUAACUUUGCAAUGCUUUGACGAAUUAAAGUUCUUUUUGGUAACUUUUUGCCAGCACCAUCCCUAGCUGCUGUGUGCCUAUUUUGGUGAAGAUUGGAUUAACAGCCUAGGAGGAAUUCGAAAAAGUAGGUUUUUAGGAAAAUUCAAAAUGGCGGGGAACUUCUAUAGGCGGAAAUGAAAUCGGAGAUAUACACUUUGUAGGGCUUGAUUCGAGGAUUUAGGGUUCCAAAGUUAUGAAUUGCCUUAUUAUAGCGCCACCCAGUGUCAGUGUGCUGUGUGUGUGUGCGUGCGUGCGUGCGUGCGUGCGUGCGUGUGUGUGUGUGUGGCGCCUCCGUGCCGGCAGGUGGCGAUAUGAGCGCAGCGCUGCUCGAGGAGGAGACCGUUGCUGUAGUAACGCUGACGUGCGCGUCUGGGCUGAACAUGUGUGUUUAUGUGAAGGCGGGAUGUCUGCGGUAAAGAGUCUCGUGCCCGCGCGCUUCCUCACGCUCGCCGCGCACCUGGUCAUCAUCAUCACCAUCUUCUGGUCCCGCGAGAAUAACAUCCGGUCAUGCCUGCCACUGGAUUUCACUGAAGAACAAUUCAGAACAGAAGAUACACGGCUGGUGGUGGCUCUGUCUGUGACUCUGGCUCUGUUCGUGAUUGAACUGGCUGGAUUUCUCUCGGGAGGCUCCAUGUUCAACAGUAAUCAAGCCGUUCUGUCUCUGGUCGCUCACUCCAGCGCCAGCGUCAGUCUGUCCUUCUUUGUUUUCCAGCAGUGGCCCUGCUGGACCUACUGGAUCAUAUUCAGCCUCUGCAGUGUGUUUCCAGCGCUCUUCGAGUUCAUUCUGCUCAUUUCACUGAAGUCAGUGUGAAGAUUCUUCAGCCGAGGCCCUCGAGGACAUGAAGACCCUGCAGAAGAAACACUGAUUACACUUUUAAUGUGAGAGUUUGUCACAGAUAGAGAUGGUCCUGUGUUCUCGUCAGUGUUUUACAGAAUGUAUCACACGUCAACUCAGAUUUCAGGUGGAGAAAUGUAGAGAUUUGUAGCUGAUUAUCUUUUCUCUGUGUUAUAUAAAGGAAUUAAACAUACAUUUUCACAGUGA